CUUUCUAUAGCAUAUUGAAGAAUUUACAUGGUAUUCAUGCUCCCUCAAAGAGUCAAGGUAAAGGAUGGAGAUGAAGAAUUCAUGAAUUGCCUGUUGUCUUCUUUAUGUCAGCAUCAGAAUUUGGAAACUCUUCAUUUCCUUGUUGGAUGGAAAAGAUGGGCCUCUGUUCCUCAAACUUAGCCUUUUAUAGACGGGCUUUACCAAAGUUUAUCUUAGCCUUUUUAAGUGUUAAGCCCAAGUCUUGGUUGUGUCAAAUUUCUCUUGAGGCUACAAAGUACAAACUUUCUGGAAUUUGUUUGAUUUUAAUGAUUCCCACAGCAUUCCACCAUUCCAUGUUUUAAAUCAAUAUUCUGAAUCUAA